GCGACUGUGCGACGCCGACACCGAGCGCAGCCAGCUGCCCGCCGUCUGCGCCCUGCUGCGCCACAUGACGCUGGACGACGACGUGCGCGUGCCGUACGGCCGCGCGCACGAGCACGCGCGCCAGCUGGUGGCCGAGCAUGGCCUCCUGGACGCGCUGCUGGAGCUGCUAAAAGGAGCGGUGGACGAGCCGGCGCUGUCAGCCGAGCUCAUCCACACGUGCACAAAGCUGUGCGUGCGCCAGGAGUUCUGCGAGCAGUUCGCCGGCGGCGGCGGCCUGCACACUUUGCUGGAGACCAUGCGUCGCUCACCGAGCCACACGGCGCUGGUCGGCCGGGCCUUUUUCCUCAUCCGGACGCUUGCCGGCUGUGACAAGGUGAAGCGGGCCAUCAUGGACGAGGGCGCGGCGGAGGUCAUCACCGCCGCACUCGACACGCUCAAGGCGAAGGUGCUGGUCUGCGAGUCGGCGUUCGCGGCGAUCGGUGCGCUGACGCUGCGCAGCCAGGAGAACGCCGCCGCCCUGGCCGCGGCCGACGCCAUACCGGUCAUCGUGGCCGCCAUGGAGCUGCACCUGGGCGAGCCCAAGACCCAGAAGCUGGCCUGCAUGGCCGUCAGGAACAUGGUAUCGCGCAGCCCUGAGCUGCGGCCCGUCUUCAGGGAGCUGAACAUUGAGCAGCUGAUCAACCAGGUGCUCCAGGCGCACGGACCGAAGGUGGACGCGGAGGCGCGGGCGGCUCUGCGCGACCUCGACUGCCAGGUGACGCUGAAGGAAGAGUGGACGGGCCGCGGCGGCGCGCUCACCACCGGCCGCAUCACGGAGCCGGAGCGACCGGACGCCUAGCGGCCGCCGCCGCUGCUGAAGAUGAUGCCGGCGCAGCCUGUGAUACUAACGCCCCGAGGUGCUCCCGUCAUCGCCCAGGCCGGCCAGCACGCUGUGAUACUCGCCUCUCUCGCACCACGCCGCCUGCCCGGCGGACUCGGCCGCUUCAACUCAUGUUUGUGUUUUUGGUACGUGUGUGGUUUUAAUAUAUUUUUGCACGAAAUCGGGCUGGCGGGAAUGCCGCGCGCAAAUCGGGCAGUAACUACCUCUGCUGGCUGAUGGUUGAUGGUGAUGCCUUCGUCGUAACGUUAAACGCACAUUAUUCUCAACCAUUCCAGGGUGAGUGAGUUAGUUGUGUGUGAAAAAGUGCGAAAAGAGUGUGAAAAACAACUGCGUUUCUAGUGGAUGCCUUCCUUUCACACUAAGGUUAUUCCCCAAUAUAUAAAUU